AUGCCGUCCAACGAAAGCAUCGCAUCUAUCGUGAAACAGAUUCCCUACAAAGUCCUCAUUCUCGGAGGUUCAUAUGCGGGACUUGGAGCAGCUCUUAAUUUGCAAGAUCUCUGCAGUGGACGAAAGGCCCGAUUCGCCGCCCAAGCUCCCGACACGAGCAGGUUCGGCAAGAUCCCAGUUGAAAUCACGGUCGUGGAUGAGAAAGAUGGAUAUUUCCAUCUGAUAUCUACGCCCCUUGCUCAUGCUUCAAGUGAAUUUGCACCAAGAGCUUGGACAAAGUUCCGAGACCUUCCAGCCUUGAAGAACAUCCGAUUCAUUCAAGGCACUGCCGAGAACGUGGACUGUUCCAAGAGACACGCUGUGAUUCUGGACGCAGAGACAAAAUCACCUGUUACUCUGGAGUACGACUACCUCGUUGCAGCAACGGGCCUUCGUCGAGUGUGGCCUGUUGUUCCCCAAGCCAAGUCCAGAGAAUCGUACCUCUCCGAGGCUGCAGAGCAUAUCGAAGCGGUGAGAAAGGCCAAGAAUGGCGUAGCUGUAAUCGGAGGAGGAGCGGUUGGUAUCGAGAUGGCUGCCGAGAUCAAAUUGGUCAUGCCCGAUCAGAAAGUCACCUUGAUCCAUUCCAGAGACAAACUUUGCUCCUCCGAACCGCUCCCAGACGAGUUCAAAGAUAGAUGUCUCGCCACUCUUCACGAGGCCGGAGUCGAGACCAUUAUGGGUCAACGUGUUUUGGGCGUCGAGACAUUUCAGUCAGAAGAAGGCGAUGCCAUUUCUGAGUUAACAUUGGCAGAUAACUCGACACUCCGUGCUGGUUAUGUGAUUCAUGCCAUCUCAAGAAGUAUACCUUCGACGACAUAUCUACCAGCGUCAGCCCGGGACAAUGAAGGCUACGUUAAAGUCACCCCGAGACUGCAUCUCACGUCUGACAUGCCCAACGCGCUCAACCACUUCGCCAUCGGAGACAUUGCGAAGUGGUCAGGGAUUAAACGCUGCGGUGCAGCAAUGCACAUGGGACAAUAUGCUGCACAGAACAUUCAUCAAUUGAUGCUGGUCGAGCAAGAGGGGAUCAAGCCCGAGUUUCUAGAGCUCCAGGAAAUUCCGCCCAUGAUUGGUAUUGCCAUCGGCAAGCAAGCUGUCGCAUACUGGCCUGCUGAUGGGGUCACCUACGGAGAAAGCGUCCAGGAGAUGUGCUUUGGCAAUGAUCUGGGCUACACUAUCUGUUGGAACCAUAUGCAACUUGGUGACGAGUGCCCUUCGUAA